UGCCACGUAAUUACGAGAGCCUUUCAGCUUCAUCUUCUCUCCCAGAGGUCUCGAAUUCUCAUUUACAAUCCACUCCACUGCGUGCCAGUGCGCGCACCGUUUGAAGUGCCAGAACGUGCCUUCCCGUGCAUGCGUGUGCAUGACUGAAUAGUGAACGGCGUGGAGGAGAGGAGAGAGCCAACAGCAUCGGGAAGGCGGUGGAGUGUCCUGCCUCCUCUCGCCUUUACACACAUGCAUCUGAAAGGCAUCAGCAUUUCUGGAUCCGCACUCAGUCAACAACUCCGUGGAGCUCGAGGAGGUUUCCUUUUUGAGUCACAGUGCUGAACAAACUGUGCUUUGCAGAAGGGCAAAUAUCCUAUGGCUAUGAGCGAAAGGACGCAACACGCUUCUUGGUAUUCACAGCUACAUUAAGUUAAACAAAUUUGUAGACUGGGUUGAAACGCUGACACCUGGAUCAUCCGUGGGAGCAAUUUUCUUCAAACUAGCUGUUAUAAUGAGCACAGUCAACUAAAUCACCCCGUUUUGGAGGCGCUGUUUCAUAUGAUUUUUUCUUCAAAUAUAUGCAAGGAGGACCAGCUUGGUUAACCUGAUAGCCUACCGCGGCACCGUUUUUUCUUCUGUAUCGCGUUUGCGUCAUGACUUCUAGCUAUGCACAUGUAAUGGACAGACAAGCAACCAUAUCCAGUAGACUGGAGAGUCCCAUUACAGUCAACCUGGAAAACCUGCAGGCCAAAAAGAACUUCUCGGUGAGCCACCUGUUGGAUCUAGAGGAGGCCAGGGAAAUGGUCGGGUCUCAGACGGACGAAAGUGUGGGAGACACGGGCAGGACUAUGCUGGAAUCCCCCGGUUUAACCAGCGGCAGUGACACAACGCAGCAGGAAAAUGAGCAGCUUAACUCAGAAGAGAAGAAAAAGAGGAAACAACGAAGAAACAGAACCACGUUCAACAGCAGCCAGCUGCAGGCUCUGGAGCGAGUGUUUGAGCGAACACACUACCCCGAUGCCUUUGUUAGAGAGGACCUGGCACGCAGGGUCAACCUCACCGAGGCUAGAGUUCAGGUGUGGUUUCAAAACAGACGUGCAAAGUUUCGACGUAAUGAGCGGGCGAUGCUGGCCAGUAAGAACGCUUCACUCCUGAAAUCCUACUCGGGAGACGUGACAGCCGUGGAGCAGCCUAUAGUCCCCCGCCCCGCACCCCGUCCCAACGACUACCUUUCCUGGGGGAGUACAGCUCCGUACAGCUGGUACCCAAGGCCGGAGGGAGGGCCAAUGCGAAUGCCACAGAAAAUGCUGCCCACAGAAAGCAACGCCAUGGCAACCUACUCACCACCCACUUGUGCCAACGCCACUUCCACCCAGGGAAUGAACAUGGCCAACAGUAUUGCUAACCUGAGACUGAAAGCCAAAGAAUACAGCCUCAAUCAGGUGCCCACCAUCAACUAAACCUGAAAAAGAGGGAGAAGAAGGGACGAAGAGAAGCAAUGAGAAGAUCUCAGUGGACACGGAUGAGUUAUUAGAGAUUUUUUUUGGCCUUCUGCACUGUCAGGGCAUAAUGGAUAUGACCUUUCACCCCCUCCCACAACAAUGGAAUGGCAUUGUCAUCCCUUUCAUUUGGCUUUUGGCUUCGUCACAGAUGAAGGUAGGCUAUGUUUCAAAGACUGAUCUGGAGACUGUAAAGACUGCAAAAGGUCCGCUCCCUGGAGAACAAGUCAAUAAACAGGGCUCCACUAAAUCAGUACGAAGUAGCAGGGAGAGCGCCUGGAUACUGUAAGCUGUUCUUCUUUGUUCUUUUCUGGCUUCAUUUUUGGGUCAACUGGAUGAAAAGUAAAGAAACUUUUAUGGCAACGAAGGACUGAUGUUCGCCAUUGAGCGGUUAAAAUAACACCUGUGUGUGCAUGUUAAAUGCCGAGAUUUGGCAAAAUAAGCAAUCCGAAAUUUGCUCCAUCUUACAUGCUGGGAAUAAAGACACAUUUGUGGACUUCAUAGCCUAUGUUAAAAGGCAUUACUUCCAAAGAAAGAUCUGGGGCUGGAUUGCAACAUCUUUUAAUGUCAGUUUUUAAAGGAUUAGUCAAUUUUCUUAAAAAAAAUCUAGAUAAUUUACUCACCACCAUGUCAUCCAAAAUGUUGAUGUCUUUCUUUGUUCAGUCGAGAAAAAAUUAUGUUUUUGAGAAAAACAUUCCAGGUUUUUUCUCAUUUUAAUGGACUUUAAUGGACCCCAACACUUAACAGUUUUAAUGCAGUUUAAAAUUGCAGUAUCAAAGGACUCUAAAUUAUCUAAAACGAGGCAUAAGGAUCUUAUCUAGCAAACGAUUGUCAUUUUGGCAAGAAAAAAAAAGCACUUUUAAACCACAACUUCUUGUCUUCCUCCAGUCGUGUAAUACGCCAUCACGUCGAGAGGUCAUGGAUGAUGUUCGAAACUACGCCCCAAUGUUUACAAGUGUGGAGAAAGAGGACCGACAUUGUUGUAUGUCGAAUGAUACUAAUGUCUUUGUGUCAGUUUAUUGUUUAAAAUGGUCUGCAAAAGUGCGUUUUAUAUAUGUAACACGUGACCUUUCCACGGCAUUACGCAAUUACGUGAAGUUGCGCUGGCGCGUCACACAGCUGGAGGAAGAAGAGAAGUUGUGGUUUAAAAGUGAAUUUUUUUUUCUUGCCAAAAAUGACAAUCGUUUCACUAGAUAAGACACUUAUGCCUCGUUUGAGAUCGUUUAGAGUCCUUUGAAACUGGCAUUUUAAACUGCAUUAAAACUGUUAAGUGUUGGGGUCCAUUAAAGUCCAUUAAAAUGAGAAAAAUCCUGGAAUGUUUUCCUCAAAAAACAUAAUUUCUUCUCAACUGAACAAAAAAAAAAACAUCAACAUUUUGGACGAAAUGAUGGUGAGUAAAUUAUCUGGAUUUUUUUAAAGAAAAUUUACUACUCCACUACACCACUGUUUAUGGUAAAAUGAUGUUCCCCAUGAUGACCUAUGUAUCUGCUCACAGUACACUUCUGUUCAGUAGGUGUUGAAUUUUUUUUAAAACCUAUUUUUCUUAUAUUUUGAAACCAUAUAGUAAUAAAAACAUUUUUGAGCAAUUUA